CUGCGGCGCCCGCCCGUGCCCGCGCCUCGCCGCGCGCCAUGGCGGCCGCCGGCGGGCUGCUCCUCCGCGCUCCCGAGUCCCCGGCCGCCGCCGCCGCCAAGACGCUCUCGGGACCCCGCCGGGCCCAGGAGAGGCGGCAAGCAGAGGCCACUAGAAGGAAGUACGGGGCAUCCAGCGAGGCUCCCCCAGCGAAACGGAGGCACACGGCGGCAUUCGUCCCAGCCAGGAAAGCCGCUGCUGAUGGAGCACAAAGGACUUUCAAGGGGAAGGCUGAGAAACCAUUUUCCCCGAAUAAGUCUUCGGUUGGUGUGAGUGAUACAGACCGGGUGCAGAAACCGUGCAUCAGGACUUCUUCGUUAUUUAAAAACAACCCGGAGAUUCCAGAGCUCCACAGACCUGUAGUGAAGCAGGUGCGAGAACAGGUGUUUACUUCAGACGCUUUUCACGAGCUGGACCUCCACCCGCACUUAAUUUCCACAAUAAACACGGUCUUACACAUGACUAGUAUGACCAGCGUGCAGAAGCAAAGCAUCCCCGCAUUGCUGGAGGGCAGAGAUGCUCUGGUGAGGUCUCAGACGGGCUCAGGUAAAACUCUUGCCUACUGCAUCCCCGUGGUCCAGUCUCUUCAAGCAAUGAAAUCAAAAAUACAGCGCAGCGACGGCCCCUACGCCCUGGUGCUGGUGCCAACGAGGGAGCUGGCUCUGCAGAGCUUCGACACUGUCCAGAAGCUGCUUAAGCCGUUUACCUGGAUCGUGCCUGGCGUGCUCAUGGGGGGAGAGAAGAGGAAAUCUGAAAAGGCCAGACUCCGCAAAGGGAUAAAUAUCCUUAUCUCGACUCCUGGGCGACUGGUGGAUCACAUCAAAUCCACAAAGAACAUUCAUUUUAGUCGGAUACGGUGGCUGAUUUUGGAUGAAGCAGACAGAAUCCUGGAUUUGGGUUUUGAGAAGGAUAUCACGGUGAUACUCAAUGCCCUGAACGCCGAGUGCCGGCAACGACAGAACGUCUUGCUGUCGGCCACGCUCACAGAAGGUGUGACGCGACUAGCUGACAUCAGCUUGCUCGAUCCUGUCAGGGUCUCUGUCCUGGAGGAACACGAUGGGAGGUCCGGCCCAAAGCGCAGCGCGGUUCCUGGGGUUUCCCCUCCACCGCCUGGUGACGAGCCGGGUGGCUUCGCCAUUCCGGGGAGUCUCGAUCAGCACGUGACCCUGGUUCCCAGCAAGCUGAGGCUCGUCUCUCUGGCGGCCUUCAUCCUGCAAAAGUGCAAGUUUGAGAAAGACCAGAAGAUGAUCGUCUUUUUCUCGAGCCGUGAGCUGGUGGAGUUCCACUACCACCUCUUCCUCCAGACCCUGCCAGGCUGCUAGGGGGCCCCGGCAGCGGGGCAGCCACCAUCUGCCUCCGCGCGACUCAAAUUCCUGCGGCUGCACGGCGACAUGGAGCAGGAGGAAAGAACGGCAGUGUUUCAGGAAUUCUCACGUUCCAAGACCGGCGUCCUUCUCUGCACGGAUGUUGCAGCUCGGGGUUUGGAUCUCCCUCAAGUCACGUGGAUUGUUCAGUACAGCGCUCCGUCUUCGCCUGCCGAAUACAUCCACCGGAUUGGGAGAACCGCCCGGAUUGGCUGCCACGGGAGCAGCCUGCUCAUCUUGGCUCCUUCGGAGGCAGGAUAUGUCAGCUCGUUGGCUUCUCACAAAAUCAACGUUUCCGAGAUAAAGAUGGAAGAUAUUUUGUCUGUCCUGACAAGGGAUGAUUGUUUUAAAGGGAGCCGGUGGAGAAGCCAGAAAUCCCGUGCCGCCGGCCCCCAGGAAAUCCGACAGCGAGCCACGGUCUUGCAGACGGUGUUUGAAGAUUACGUGCACUCCAGUGAGAGGAGGGUCUCCUGGGCAAAGAAAGCUCUGCAGUCCUUCAUUCGAGCCUAUGCCACCUACCCCCGGGAGCUGAAGCACAUCUUCCACGUCCGUGCCCUGCACCUCGGUCAUGUGGCUAAGAGCUUCGGGCUAAGAGAUGCCCCCCAAAACCUUAGUGUCUCAGCCAUAAAGAGAAGAAAAUCACACCUGAACAGGCCUGACCUUCAUAAGAAGACCCGGAGUAAACACCGCCUUGCUGAAAUCUUGCGUUCAGAAUACUCAAGUGGGAUGGAGGCCGGCGUCGCCAAGGUCAAAAAGCAAAACAAACACGCGGCGCCCGGCAGCCCGCCACGCAGCGCCGUCUGCAGCAGGCGCCCAGCCUCGGCCGUGGGAGAAAAGAAGAAAUGCUCUCCGUGAAAUGGAAAAACCCAGAAAGACCUACUGGGGGACAGCAAGACUCCCCAAAAGAGUUUUCUGCUUUUUGUUUUUAUCUUUGCCUCCACAAGCCUGGGGCUCGGCGCGGAUCCCGGAGGCCCGCUUCUUGUCAGGAGAGCAUCGUGGGAAAGCCUGGUGCCGCCUUUCCCUGCAGACCAGGCCCAGACCCGGCGAAGCCAUGGUGCUUAUCCCAGAGGGCGCUUAUCCCGGAGGGAGCGGGGGUCAGCGUGGUGUAGACCACCAGCCGUGACUGCACCAGCGCCGCCCACUGCCCCUCCCCUGCGUGGCCUCCAGUAAGAGCCUCAGUAAGAGGCUGGUGGUGUGAGCGGCGGCGGGAGGGCCGCGCUGCUGACCGGGUCCUGCAGGCGUCUCAGAGUUUUACUCCUGUUGCCCUGUCGCCACAUUGCUUAUCGUGAAUCUUAUAAAAUAGGGUUUUUUAAACUGGGAUGCAAUUUGUUAAAGAGAAAAAAAUCACAUUUUCUCGAUGUACAAGUGCUUUGUUCAGAGGACUGACAGGUUUUGGUUGUGGGUCGGAAGACCCCGGGUCCCGUCCGCAGGCAGCUCCAAACCCCGCGUCGCACUCCCGCGCCUGGCCGCCUCUUUUAUGUCCACGGAAACCUUCCUGUCUCAUGGCUGAUGGGUUUACUGGCGCCUUUUUUAUUUAUGCCUUUUUAUGCUUUGCCUUUGAAGUCAAAAGGCACCAGUCUCCCGAGCUUUUUCUCCCAUCGAAUCCCAUCUUGCCUUCAAGUCUGGGGUUCCGGGGGCCCUUGUAGCGUGGCCUAGGCCGCAGCCGCCCCUCUCCCACUGUGUUCCCCACCCCCGCCCCCGCCCCAGAUUUGAAAGCGGCCCCCGGGGGGGGGCGUACUGAUGGCCCACUGUCAGAUUGGGACACGGGGAUUCCAGAGGCGUCCGAAGGGGAAGGGCUCCAGCUCAGCACGUCUCUGCCGGGACUCUGUUCUCUCCACCUUCUGUUCUUGCCUUCGGAAGUCCUCUUCCAAUUCCUGCGAUGAGGCCCCGCUUCAAAAACCCCCAGAUCCACAGGAGCGGGUCGAGAGUGGUGCAAGAUGGGCCGUCUGCGGGGUCCACAGAGGGCUCAGGGUCCUUGCCUCCGACGCCCCCUGGUAGCGGGGCAUAGCUCACACCCACACCAGCGCCCCGGGGAGAGGGCGAGUGUGAGCCAGUGAGCGCUAAUCCUCUGCGGGAGGGAAGAUGUGGCCUUCUCCCCACGGCCCGUCAUGUAUGAAUUCAGAGGGACAGUUGGUGAAAUUUCUAACAACAACAAUAAUAAUAAAGCCCUAUAGCACUUGUCAAGCUGGCCUCAGGGAAA